ACUGCUUUCAUCCCUACCCCGAAGUCCCGAGGAGAAUAGCCAUCUCGCCUCGUGGCACCGACGAGGAAGCCGCUUUGAAGUCAGAAACACCAAAAAGAACCGAUCGAGGAGGCAGCUCCAUCAGAGAUCACUGAACCGCCAUGAACGAUAAUCCUCGGCUGCAGGACCUGCGUACAACUGCCCAACUUCUCCGACAAUCAGCCUCUUCUUUUACCUCCAAUCUCCUCACCUUCGUCUUCCUUUCUCUCCUUAUCUUGUCCUUCCGCACCUUCGUUGAGAACGGUACCACUUAUGUUACCUCUUUCAUUGAUCAUGACCCCUCGGUCAAAGCCCUUCUUUCACGCCUUGACCUCGCCGGAAACAGUAACCAGCAUCGCCACCGAUCUCCCGAUGAUCCUUCGUCUACGGGCUUGCGCCGCCACCGCCGCCGCCCCUUCCUACACCUCACUCGAGUUGGAACCCUAGACGAUGACUUUUUCUCUGGCGAUGACGACGAUGGUCGUAGUUUGUUCGGGCCCAACAGGAACGCCCCUGAAAAUGGCACUUUUGCGGUGUUGGGCGCGUUUAACUUGAAAUCAGGGUUUUCGGGUCAUGUAAUCGAUAACGGAAUUAGGGUGUCGGAGGUGGUUCGCUCUGGAUUUACAUUCAAGGCGGAAGGGUUAUCAUUUACUGAUGAUAAAGACAGCGAGGACGAGAACGAUGACGGAAAUGACAAGGUUGAUUUGGGAAAUGGCCAAGAUGUGGAUAAAGCCUUUGAUUUCCAUUUCUUUAUAAAGGGGUUGGAGCUUGGCCGCCGUGAUGCUGCGACUCUGUUUUUCCUUAUCAGUUUCUUAUCUGCGGCCUACGGAUGGGUGAUUUUAGUUUUUCUUGUUACUUAUUCAUGGGUCUUAGGCAUCGUCUUCAUUACUGUUGUUAAGGAUCUGUUAGGGAGGUAUAGUUCAAUUGCUGGGAUAAUUUGGGAUGGUUCCAGAUUGGGGCUUAAGAGGCUUUCAGGGUUUAUUCUGAUGAGGUGGGCUAUUAGGGACGCGUUGACUCAGCUUCUGGGGCUGUGGUAUUUCGGUGAUAUCGAGGAUCAGUAUUCUUUCUUCAAGCUUUUUGUUAGAUUGAAGUUAAUGCCAUUCUCAGUUAUGUCCCCUUGGGUUCGAGGGUUUGAGAAGCAGAUUUCUGGAUUCUUGUUUGCUUGGUUUUUUGUUGAUACGUUUGUUGCUUUUAUAUUUUCUGUUGAUGCCUGGGUUGCCAUAGUGGACUCGAGGAGGAGUGGGAGAGAAAUCGUGAAGGAAGGUUGUUAUUUGAUAUCUACACUGUUGAACCAAGCCAUAAAAUUAAAAUGCUUGGAAGCAAUAUGUUGUGGAUCGUUUGUAAGAUGGGUUUUAGCUCGAAUAUGUGGGAGGUCUUUCGCCAAGAUGUUCCAGUCAACAAUGGAAGUUUACUUCAUGAUUGCGUGGCUGCUGUUUUACUUUGCGGCCAGGUGUAGGGGUGCUGAUUUACAGGGUAGGAGGUUUGGGCAGAGGGAACUUGAGGGCUUGAUUGACGGUCAUAGAUGAUACUUGGUGGUGAUUGGUAGUUUCCUUUACAGGCUUCAAUAAUUCCUAUUCUGCGGCAGUGUUCCACAACAUCGUGUCCCCCUUUUGUAGUCCCUAUCGACCAUCACGACCAUUUUGUAGUUUUAUGACCAGUUAUGUGUUGUAUGUACUUCAAAGGAGGCAAAUAUACUACUUGUGUAUAUUCUGAAUGAGGAUAGUUUAUGUACAAAUUGUUCAUGCAGUCUUUUUUUUUGGGGAUUACUGUUCAUGCAGUCAUUUAAUAGUUCACAGAACAAAAUGAUGGUGAUGAUAGUGGUUAGUCACGCUGUAUGAGAAGUAGAGGAUGGUAAUCAUUCUUGUCAAUGAAGGAAUUAUGUGGCCAUGACCGCAUUAACCAUAGUUUUCUGUUUGCUGUUCCACUCUAUUUUUACCUGGACAAUUUAUCGCAUGAGUUGGAAUAUUCGAUUUAUACUAAAAGGGUGGGAGUGCACUAACCUACCGGAACAAAGAAAACUAUUAUUUAGUUUUUAAUUUCUUUUGAGAAAGUAACCAUACAUUUGUCUUUCAUGGUUUUCAGCAUCUUUUGGAUAUGCAUACCCUUGUGCUAAUGGGGUGCCAAUGUUGUGUGCAUAGGCUUUUCCCGCAGCAAUUUCACAGAAGGUUUUGCAGUUAGGCUGAUAAUAGCGAUACUGCCGUAUCAGAGGGCCAUUUCGAUUGUUGCUAUUAGGUGUUGAUGAGUUACGAGUUUAAUUUCACCAUUCAAGUCUAAUUUUCCAGUGGGCAGUUUUUGUAAUUAGGCAGCUUCUCCUGCAUUGUACGAAGUCUAUUUAAAAAGUUAUACUGAUUGUGGAUUGUAAAUACAGCACCUGACUUUACACGACGCUGAUGAUAUUGGUAAUGUAUUAACAUGUUAAUUCGUUGAUAUAUUGAUGAUAUGUAGUAUUGUUUGAAGGGAAAAAA